AUGUAUGAGCCAGAAUUUAGUGACAGCCAAUCAGAUUUUUCUGAUUCUGACUCGGACAGCGAGGACAAUUUUGCCGAUGCCCAAGACGACCAUCGUGUUGGGAAUACGGAUUGGUGUGCAUGUUCAUGUUGCACACCAUAUCGUGUGCAGAUUGAGUGCAAAUGCUGCACAGAAUACCCAGAGCUGAUGAAAAGGAUGGACGAAGCAGGGGUAAAGUGCAUAACUGAGCAUACUGGCUUCAAAACUAACUGUCUCCAUCCAGAUGUCAUUGAAGUUUCGUUUUAUGAGUUCCUUGAUGUAAAUGGUCCCAUCAGUGAUGAAGAACCAAUACAUGAAGUAUACAGAUACAUUGCAUAUAGAAGACUGGCUCGUUGGAUUUGGCACCGUCUGAGCAAGAAGGACCGACGACCUCUUCCGUCAAGCGCUGUGGCAGCCAUUCGCCAGAGAAAUCCGUCCGACUCAUACAUUGGAUUUUUCUUCGCCAGGGAUGGAAACUAA